CAGCGACUCUCCCACUGCGCAGACUCAGCGCAGAGCAGCAGCAGCGCUUCGGUUUCUGUAGCCAUUACUGAGCGGAGCUGCUGCUGCGGGUCUGAGCUGAGGAGAGGACUUGACAGGACUUGACAUUUGUUGCAAUGGCUCUCAUCUCUAUUGAGGAUCUUGCUGAAUUGGAUGAUGAACAAUUAGAUGAUGAUGUCACUGACAGCUCUGAGCCAAUGGAUGAUGAGGAGCAGGAAAGGUUGUAUUCCCAUUGGCAGGCAGUGGGAAGGACCCAUCAGGUGUCUGUUCCGCGAGAGAUGACUGGACCAAUCACAGAGAUGACGAGGAGGAAUCAGGAGACGGGACAAGAGCGAGUUCCAUUUGCCUCCAUCUCCAGACAUGAGAAGCUUGGUGAGAUCAUGUAUGAGGAGAGGGUGUAUCCAGCAGGUAAAUGGGCCUGUGUGACUGUCGGGGAGGAUCUCUAUGAGCAGAGCAUCUCUAAAGGCUUUAUGAAACUCAUGCGCUUCAUCUGCAAGGAGAACUCAGCAGGCCGUUACUUGGGCAUGACUGUGCCGAUCGUGAAUGAAAUAAGGAUGCUGGACGACGGCACUAGCUUUGUGAAAGACGUUUUGACGGCGUAUUACCUGCCUGCAGAGUUCCAGGCCAACCCACCCCAGUCUUUUGACCCAGACAUCUCCAUUAUCCACCGGAACGCCAUCAGAGUCAUCACCCGGGCUUUCUUUGGCACCACCACAGAGGAGACCAUCUCCCGGCAGAUCAACCUGAUGUGGGAGCUUCUGGGCAUCUCUGAGAACGUUCAGCGUGACGCCUACAUGGUGGCUGUUUACGAGAACCCAGGGGUGCCAAGCCGCCGAAACGAGAUCUGGUUUAUUCGCCAGGACCCUUAAGAACACACUGCAGUACCUCUACCCCAACACAACCCAACCUCACACACUCACACUCACAACACACACACCUAUACGGAUCAGUAUGUCCCCCUGUGGCAACAGAGAGAAAGACCAGUGGGAGACCAGGUAUCUCCGCGUGACAGGAUGGGACAUAUUGAAUAAAUAUAUAAUCAUCAGCGUUGACUCAGGCGAGAGGGUCAGAUGAAGGUCAGGUAUUUUACAGUUAUUCUCAGCUUUAUUAUUCUUUGAUGUUGAUGUUGUUUAAUACGCUACAUUAAUGCAGAUGCACAGACCCAGGUUUACGGUGGAGGAAAUAACCGACCGUGUGAGUGAAUCAAUUAACAGUUCAGAAUGUACAGAAAGAUCAUUCAAAUACAGAGAAGGUUCAGGGUAGAGGGAAAAAUCCCCAUGUUGUUGUAGAUUUCUUUUUUUUCAUGCCUUUUUUGUGAAUUUUGUUUGUGUGAUUUGUGUUUUUCCCACUGCUUCUUUUUCAUCUAUUGUCCUUUUAGAAAUAUUUUAAAAAAUAUUUUAGAACAUGUUAAACUUCAAAUUGAAGUGUAAAACACUACUGCUUAAUUACAUACAAAAUAUAAUAAUGAAAACCAGCCAGUAAUACACUCCAUUUUGUGCUUUUAACCCCAAAUGCAUGACAAUCAUUUGUAGUCAUAGUCAAAAGUUCUAUUCAUCAAAUGAACACUUAUAAAGUAUAAAUUGGUUUGCUUGGUUUGUGCUAUGAAAGCAGUUUGGCUGUUUUAUUUGAGCUUUCUGUGCACUAACAAAACCCAGCUGUUCAUGCAGCCUGGUGGCUCAUUCAGUCUUUUGCCGACGUUUGGACACCUUGGCCAAGUGUAUCUGUGUAUCUGCUAGCUAAUAACAUAAAAUACAUUUUUUUUAAAGUAAAUCCUAAUGCACAGUUAUUCUGCCUUUCAUAUAAAGAACAAGUGUUUAUACAGUGUCUCAGACUUUAACUGAUGACACCAAAGGAAUAGUGGUUGAGUCAAAUUCACAAGCUUUAUUAAUGAAAAUUAAAGAAAUAUACGUUUUCGACUUGCAAUUUGUACACAGUAAAAUGUUUAAAAAAUGCUGUUCAAGGAUAUUGUGGAAGUCCAAGACUAAAAAAAGCUUUCAGAGCUUUUAUAUUGCAAGAAAUACAGAUUUAAAAAAUGGCAAGGGUGCCCAAACCUUUGCAAAGACUCUAUAUAUUUUCACACACUGUGCUUCAACUAUGUAUUUAAAUGGUCUUGUUAUUUUAAAUACACUUAACUAUUGUACGUUAGUAUGUGUGAUGUUCUCCUGCUGCCCUGAGGAAGUGGUGGAAUAUAUUCUAUAUGAACCUGCCUUCUGUUUUCAGUUAAAAUUAGAUGUAAACAGACUGAACACUUUGCAGUAUAAAGGUAAAGAUAUUUACUCUAUUUUUGGCCACUCUAUAUAUAAAACACAGUCACUAAACUUUUAGAGUAUUUUGUUCUUAUUUAUAGCUAAGCAUACAAAUAGAUUUUGAGGGACCACUUGGCUCUAAAUGCUCUAGAUUUUAUAAAUGUCAGAAGUUAUGUGGAUCUUAUAAGCACUAGCUAGUAUUUUUAAUAACAUUUUAAUAAUCGGAUGUGUUGUGCCACUUCUUGGGUUUGUAUUGUGAUACUUUGUUAUUCACAUAUCUUUUAAAACUGUAUUUAGUGAUUUUAUUCUAGUUUACUGCAGCUUUGCAUUUGUAAAAGCUUCUGACCUGUUGAGAAAAUUGAUAUAUUUGCGUUUAUCAAGGUUUAAUGCAUUAUUUUGACAUUGCAGAGAUGUAUAUUUCAUGUCUUCUGGACCUUCGACUGCAUAACCUAUGUUGUUGACCUGUUUGAAAAAAAUAAAAUGAACUAAGAGCUUUA